AACAUCUUAAGGCUCUCUCAACACAUUCUUCUUGAUCAAUAACAUAUAGCCUAAGAUUAAUAAAAAUGGCUGUAUCCUUCCAUGUUCGCUCUAACAGUUACCCCUCGAUACCUCACUCACAAGCGGCUCAUGUCGAUGAGCAGUUGGCCCGAUUAAGAUCUUCUGAGGAAGCCUCAACAUCUUCAAGCUCUUCUAUCUGUCAAAGACUUGACAACCUUCAAGAACUACACGAGUCUCUUGACAAGCUUAUCCGCCUACCCGUUACACAACACGCUCUAGUUCAAGAGCAGAACGAGAAAACCGUUGAGAAGCUUCUUGAUGGAACUCUCAGGAUCUUGGAUGUGUGCAACAUUUCCAAGGAUGCUUUGUCACAGAUGAAAGAAAGUCUUAUGGACAUCCAAUCGAUUCUAAGAAGAAAGCGCGGAGAUCUAUCAGGAGAAGUCAAGAAAUACUUAGCUUCAAGAAAGUCCUUCAAGAAGACUUUCCAAAAACUACAAAAGUCUCUCAAGGUUUCACAAGCCGAAGACAACAACAACAACAAAUCUUUGGCUGUAUUCGGAGAAGCAGAAGCUAUUACAAUUGCUCUUUUUGAUUCUCUCUUUAGCUACAUGUCUGGAUCAAAGACUUGUAGCAAAUGGUCAGCCGUCUCAAAGAUAAUGAACAAGAAGAAAAUUACAGGUGAAGCGGAAGCAAACGAAUUCACGAAGGUUGACUCCGAAUUCCAAUCCGAGAAGACUUUGAAAAUGGAGGAUGUUCAUAUCCUAGAGUCAUGCAUUCAAGAUUUUGAAGAUGGACUUGAAUCAUUAUCUAAGUCUUUAAUUAAAUACAGAGUGUCAAUUCUCAACAGCUUUGGCCAUUAG